UUCAGAAUUGUAUUAAUUCAUUUCUGAACAGAAUGGCCAAGAAAGAUCAGAAAGACGGCACUUGCAGAGUCGAAGCUGCUCUUCACCUCAUCAAAAAACAAUCACCACUCACUCUCAAACAGGAGAAGUUCUGCAACUAUGCUUGUGUAGAACGGUUUCUCAAAGCAAAUAAAGAUAAUGUCAAGAAAGCUGCCAAGCAACUCAGGGUGUUCCUCUCUUGGAGACACACUAUAGGCAUCGAGCAUCUGAUGGCGGAUGAGUUCGCGGCUGAAAUCGCCGAAGGCUUAGCGUAUGUGGUUGGUCAGGACGAUGAAUCCAGACCUGUAAUGAUUUUCCGGAUGAAGCAGGACUACCGUAAGUCACAUUCUCAGAAACGUAAAUCAAUUCGUCAUCUUGUUCGAUGCAAAAAGGAGCAGAUGAAAAGGGAAGCAUCUCAAAAAUUAAAAGGGGAAGGCAAGUCACGUGUUGAAGUUGAGGAAGAAGAUGAUGGGGUGGGAUAUGGUAGUAAAGACAAGCCAGCCUUUGAGUUUCAAGAACAAGACAAGGCAAAUUUUAAGUUCAACGAAGACAAAAAAGAAAAAGAUGGAGGUGAUAAAGAAGAAAAACAUGAAGGAUAUGAAGAAGAAGAAGAAGAAGAUAAAAGAGAAGAUGAGGAAGAUGAUGAUGAUGAAAAGGAAGGUAGAGGUGAUAAAAGAGAAGGAGAAGAAGAAGAACAAACUGAUAACUUGUCAUCUCCAAGACGAAGAGGAAAAAUCAAAUAAGGAAGUUAAGGAAGAUGAUGGUGAAUGACAACUUAGGAGAUCUAUAAGGACAAAAAUACCAAUUAUUAGGUCUCCUUGAGUUCUAUCAAAGCCGAUGAAUAAGACGAAGAAGAAGAUUGAUGAAAAGCAAUAAUUGUUUUCAAUUGUAUCACAUAUGUGUAAAAGGGAGGAAGGUGAUGAUGCAAAAUGACAUCAAAUCCCCUCAUUUGGAAGGCAAUAAAGAAUAAGAGGGAUAUCCUACCUGAAUAUGUAGGAUACAAUAUAGCUGAAUGCGAUCUCAUCGUCAGUCCAGCUCUUGUGAACCAUCAUUGAAUGUGUUCGGGCUAAAGCUGAAGACAUUGAACUUCUAUGUCCUCGACUCAUUAAAGGAGGAUAGUGGUCUUGAACUAACGAGAAAGAAAAGGAAAAAGGAUGGAGCUUUAUAUGUAAAAAGAUUAUUGGUGAACGCAUGUGUAUGGUCUAUUAGUUAACUCCUUGGAAAGAUUGUAGAGUUCUCAUCAUAAUUUGGUUGAAGACAUGGGAUCCCACAGUGUCACAGGACAUCAUUAAUGAAGAAGUUACUAACUUCAGGAUUGAGCUUUUAUGGUGGC